CUGGACCACGCCCUGGCCCCAAGCAGUGGGCCCCAAGGUUCUGGGUCUCAGUCCCCAAGCAGAGCCGACCGCUGGCGCGAUGGUGGCCGUCUGGCUGGUGCACGUCGGGCAGAAGCUGCUGCUCUGGGGCGCGCUCAGCGCCGUCUCCCUGGCCUGCGCCACCCUCAUCCUGAGCUUCCUGCAGAUGAUGGCGAGCUACGCGUAUAACUGGCUGCAAAUGAGGCCCAUCCCCACCAUUCCGGGCGCCUACCCCUUCCUGGGACACUUGCUGAUGCUGGAGCGAGGAGGGAAAGAGUUUUUCCAGCAGCUGAUUCAUUACAGUGAAGAAUACAGACAUGUGCCAAUGCUAAAACUCUGGCUUGGCACAGUACCAGUAAUAGCCACGGAUAAAGCCGAAACUGUAGAGGUGAGUAGAUGGUGACUAUGAUUAAUGUUU